UUUAUUUGUGUGUCUGGCAGAAGGAGCCGUCAGCUGUGGAGGUUAUCGGCUCUCUUUACCGUCCUGGUUCAAAAUAAAGACCCGAGAAAAAAAAAAGCAAGGGAUCCUCGGCAACCGGACGGGAGAUGGAUAACAGUAAACGGACUGUGGUCGUUACAGGUUUUGGGCCAUUUGGAGAGCACACGGUGAACGCCAGCUGGGUAGCAGUACAGGAACUGAAGAAGCUCGGACUGGGCAGUGAGGUGGAUUUGCAUGUAUCCGAGGUUCCUGUAGAGUACCAGACAGUCCAGAGUUUGGUUCCUUCACUGUGGAAACAGUAUCAUCCACUGUUGGUAGUUCAUGUUGGAGUCUCAGGUAUGGCCACCACUGUCACACUGGAGAAGUGUGGCAGGAAUCAUGGCUACAAGGGCCUGGACAACAGCAGCUUCUGUCCUGAUUCACAGUGUUGCAUUGUGGGAGGCCCGGACUGUAUCAACUCAGUUAUUGACAUGGAAUCAGUCUGCAAGAGAGUGACUACCUCGGGGCUGGGAGUAGCUGUGUCCGUCUCCAAAGACGCCGGAAGGUAUCUCUGUGAUUUCACCUACUACACGUCUCUGUACCUGAGCCACGGUCGCUCUGCCUUCAUUCAUGUGCCUCCUCUCGGAAAGCCUUACAGCGGGGAAGACCUGGGCCGUGCGCUGCAGGCCAUCAUCCGGGAGAUGCUGGAGCUUCUGGACCAGGCCGAGGAGAAGAUCCACUGCCAGCAGCACUUCCACUAAGUGACCGCCAGAUGCCAACCAGCCUCUCCAGCCUUCACCACUCAAGAAAUUGCACUUAACCACAAGUAGCCAAACUUCCUUUUUUCAGCAUUUGUUUUAGGUUUUUGCUUAAUGUUUUGCCUGAUUCUGUUCUGUUUUUAUGUCUUCUGAUGGAGAGAAGAUAAAAUGGGGGUCUCAAGACAACCCUCAGUUACGCUGUAAUGGAAGCUUUUGUCCCACUUCUAUGGAAACAAAUGUGAAAAAACUUAGGUUCACUAAGAAAACACAGAAGAAAAGUGCUGCUCAUAUUUGUUAAUAUGCAGAGGGUCUGCCAUAUGACAGAUAUUACAACCUAUAACCCCAAAUGUGACUUAGGGUUAUUGAAAUGAUUAUAGAAGUCACAUUUGGAUCUGUAAAAUGUACUCUACAGUUUUUGACUUUCAUAAUGCUUCAUCCUCAAAUUUAGAGUUUCACUCACUCAUAAUAUGUUUCAUUCAACAGGUGUUUGCACCUGAAUGUCUAUAAAUGAUUAAUGUACAUGAUACAUUAUGGUUUUAAGUAGGAAUGUUUAGCAGUAAACUGUGUUUGCUAAUUUCAGUUUCCUUUUAACUACCUUCUAACUGUGCUGUUCCACACUCGAUGUUGAAUUGUUUCUUGAUUCUUUUUUCUUUAUAAGAAGUUGUAAAUUUGCCUUCUUUUACAAAGGUUAUUUAAAUCAGGGAACGGGUUGGUUCCAGCUCAUAUUCCCCCAGUUUUUCGGCCCAAUUCUGACAGAAAACCCCUAAAUCCACCCCAUUGAGAUCUGACCCCAGGCUGUGCAAUGUUAUUUUACAGAUCUCAAGUUCAGUGAUUUAGUUGCAGGUUUUUCAGAAUUCUGUUUUCUCUUUACAACUUUUCAGAUAGUAUUAAACAAGAGUUUCCUGUUAUAAGUCUAAAUUGUACAACCAUAAAUAUUCUUUUUAAAUAACCAACACAUCUUUUCACUCUUGUUCACUUAAUGAGUUUCUUACUGAAUUGUGUGUCAAGGAUCUGACUGCAGAUCCUUUUUACUGAUUUGAGACAUCCAUGUGUAAAGUUGUCUGUUUCAGCAUAAUUUUACCAACACGCACAACUUUUUUAUCUUAAACUGUGAAGAAAACCUGCAAUUUGUUUCGUUUUUGUUUUUUUACAUUUUGCAACAUUUCAAGACCAAAGUUUUUCUUUUUUCCUACAAUUGUGCAUCCGUAAUUAUUCAUUCUUGAUUAAGGCUUUCGGUUGUUCCAUUCAUCAAAUCAGAUAGACACUCAGUUCAGUCAGAGUUGGGCCCAUAAUUUUAUUUCUGUAGCACUUUCUUUUUUUGUUUGUCCAUUUUUACUUAAUCUGGAAUAUUUUUGUUUUCAGUCACUUUAACUUGCUAUAGCUUUUCAGACAUACACACAUGCAUUUGUAACAUUUUAUCCCCCAGUAAUAAUAAUUAAAUAUGUGAGGUAAGCUUUAUUUUCCUGAGCUUUUGUUUGUUCUGACAUUUUAAACAAACUGCAGCAGCUUCUGUCACUGUGUUUGUGAUGGUGCCACUCCCAGAUGAAAAUGUUCUGUGUUCUGUCUUUUUUUUUUUUUAAAUUCUUAUUGGAUUGUUUUCCAUUUCACUGUGUGGGCCAGUGUUUUCCUGCCUGCUGAGAUAUCAUAACAGCCCAUGCCUCCUCUUACAUCUUCAGUUUGAUCAGUUUUUUUUAAUAGAGAUUUUAGCUUUGAAUGGUCUACAUUUGUAAUGUAUGUUGUUAACUGUCACAGCUAGUGUUAGGAAACUAACUGAACAAUGUGCUUAGCGUUGCAACAGUAGAGGUCUCAUGGCCUUUCCUUGAGUUCUUAGUUAAAUGUUUUUUAACCUGAGUCAAGCAAGUUGGUGCCAGAGAGUUUGAGUAAAUUGUCAUUAUUUUUAGCAGUGUGUGUGUGACUAAUUGAUAUUUCAUGUCAUGGUUUGUACCCCAAAGUAGCAUCCUGGAGCACUGAGCUGAACAGAAGUGAACCUAAAUUUUAUCGUAGCAUUUGUCAUUCAGAUUACAUCUGGGUUAUGUGGUUGUAAAAUCUCUUAUGGAAUUGUUGAAAUGAUGGGCAAAUUUUAAUUAGCUUUCAGGUGAUGAUAUUUUACUUUGUGUCUUUGUGAAUGCUAAAAAGUGAAAGGGUUGUUGAGGAGCUGCUCCUAAAAAUGUCUGCUCACAAAAGUGAAAGCCUCAAGUUUACAUAUGAGGUGACCUCUGAACCUGACUCUUUCCUGUGCCUUGCUGUUGUUUUGUGUUAUGAAAAGGCCUUAAAAAAAACUCAGCGGGUCAGUACAAAGAUAUAUUACUGAUGCUGUCCAGUCAGUCAGAUGUGUGGCUACCUCAAAAAUACUUUUGUAUCUCAGUGUGUGCUCUGUUUUACAAUAACAUUAUGGCUCUGUGAUUUAUUGUGAGUUUCUCUGUUUAGGGAGAAUCCUCGGACAGGUGUCUUCUGCUUCUGACAUUAACAAAGCACUGUUACAAUAAGUAAUCUUGGCUUUGUAAAAGGAAAGGCUUUUUAAAAAAGAGAAUUAAAGAAUUACAAGGAC